ACCCCACACUUCAGCUCAGACCUUCUGUUUCACCCAAUUAAAACUCUGGUCAGUCUUCCCCCCGACUUUGUAUCAUCCAGAGCAUUCAUCCAUCUCACUGUCCUAGCUGAUCCUGCUUCUUCUCACCUCUUCCCUCCAGAACUCGCAACAGCAUGACUAAGAAAUUCGACGAUCGGGUGAUCCCACUUGGCGAGCCUGCGACCACCAGAGCCAAACUGGUCGGCGUCGCCAUGGCCUUGUUUGCGGCCUUUGGAGGAUUCUUAUACGGCUAUGACACUGGUUACAUAUCCGGAACCAAGGAGAUGGCUUACUGGAAGUCGCUCUUUGGAGAUCAGAUUGCCGACGGAAGUUACAUCCUCACCACUGCCAACGACUCCCUCGUCACUUCCAUCCUGUCAGCAGGAACCUUCACGGGUGCCCUCCUAGCAUAUCCUUUCGGUGAUCGCCUCGGACGAAGAUGGGGUGUCAUCGUCGCCUGUCUCAUCUUCUGCAUCGGCGUGGCUCUUCAGACCGCAUCAACUGACAUCCCAGUCUUUGCCGUCGGCCGUGUGUUUGCAGGCUUGGGUGUCGGGAUGACCUCAUGUCUUGUGCCCAUGUACCAAUCAGAAUGCGCCCCGAAAUGGAUUCGAGGUGCUGUGGUGGCCUGCUACCAAUGGGCUAUCACCAUCGGACUCUUGGUUGCAGCAAUCGUCGUCAACGCUACUCAAGACAUCAACAAUGCCAGCUCCUACCGAAUCCCCAUCGGGAUCCAAUUUGUUUGGGCCGUGAUCCUAUCCUUAGGACUGUACAUUCUACCCGAGUCGCCUAAGUAUCUGAUCCUCAAGGGGCGGGAAGAAGAAGCCAAGAAGUCCCUCUCCAGACUGCUCUCCAUCCCUGCCACCUCCCCGCAAGUCCUGAGCGAGUAUGACGAAGUCUGCGAAAGCCUGCGCGCCGAGCGCGCCAUGGGCACCUCCACUUAUGCAGACUGCUUCAAAUCUGGACCGGGCAAAUACCGGCUCAGGACUUUGACCGGGAUGGGAAUCCAAGCUCUCCAACAACUCACUGGUAUCAACUUCAUCUUCUAUUACGGAACAACUUUCUUCAAGAACAGUGGAAUCAAGGAGGCAUUCACAAUCACCAUUAUCACCAAUGUUGUCAACGUAGUCAUGACGAUCCCCGGGAUUUGGCUGGUCGACAAGGCCGGCCGUCGAUCGCUGCUAUUGACCGGCGCUGCCAUCAUGUGUGUCUGUGAAUUCAUCGUCGCCAUCAUCGGACUCAAGCUCGAAAGCUCCAACCUUGCUGGCCAACGCGCCUUGAUCUCCCUCGUCUGUAUCUACAUCGGAGCGUUUGCGGCAACUUGGGGUCCCAUCGCAUGGGUUGUGACGAGUGAGAUUUACCCGUUGGCCAUCCGAGCCAAGGCGAUGUCGAUGUCGACUGCCUCCAACUGGGCCUUAAACUUCGCCAUCGGAUACUCGACGCCAUAUUUAGUGGAUGUCGGUCCAGGUAAGGCGGGGCUCCAAUCGAACGUGUUCUUCAUCUGGGGCGCAUGCUGUGGCUUGUGCUUUUUGUUCACCUUUUUCUGUAUUCCGGAGACCAAGGGGCUGUCGCUCGAGCAGGUCGAUCAACUCUACAUGAACAGCUCCAUCCUCGGCUCCAAUGCCUAUCGUCGGCGACUCGUCAAUGGCGAGUUCGACACCCAUCAGCCUACGACCCCGCUCGGCUCGAUCGUCGAAGACGACCGGGCCGACAAGCUCGCUAAAGUCGCUUGA